GUACAAGAAGGAGAGACGCUAGACGAGGAGAGAGCUAAAGAGACGUAAGACAGAAAAGAGAGGAGGGGGAGACAUGCAAGGUAAAUGGGACAAGGAGUGGGAAAUGAUGAGGUCAAGAACUAAAUGUGGAGAUGGGAAUAUGUGCAGUCUCUGUGUUAAUUUUAGGGAGUGACAGGAGAGCUGAAAUAGUUUGGAGUGUUCAUUGUAACGCUGUAUGGAUGUGGGCAAUAGGACCACCUCUUGGAGAGAAUGUAUGACGGAGAACAAAUCUCUAAAUUGUACGCCCUUCUACCAAAAGUAAGGAUACAUUUCUUGCUGACCACAAUCUCUGUGAAAACCAAAAAAGCCUAUUGGAUAGAUUUGAUUUGAUCUCAUUGUGUCUAAAUACCAUCUAAAUAUGACUUCAUAUCUUUCUGUCUAAAUACCAUCUUGCUAUCAUUUUAAAGUAAUUUUCUUGUAUUAGGAUACAAGUUAUUAAUUAAGAAGAUGACUAAUGCUAGUGACACUGUUAGCAUUAGGGUUAGGUGGGGUUACAUCUCCAUUAACUUACAUUACAGAUUGUGACAGGGGUUCUAUACAGAAAACAAAGAGCAGUGGGGAAUGCGGGAAUGCAUUAUGUAUUCAGUUGAGUAUACAAAAUGUAGGGGAGGUUAUGGCCACAAUUGCUGCUUAUUUUAGAAAUCAGGCCUUGGAAAAUAAGGAGGAUGGACUGGGUUCUCCCGUGGUCUAUCAGGUAAAGGGUACCACAGAGAAUAUCAGGGGUACUUUUCAGGGGCAUGUAUCACAAUUAUUUUAAAUAUCUUUCUAUAUUUUAACCUUUUGCCUGUAGGCUGGUUGUGCUGUUAGUGGGAAAUAUUCUAGGUUUCAUUGGUUUACCUGUGGAAAGCAGAUUAAUUUAUUUUGUGAACUUGAUUUCUACUGGAUUUGUUCAAAGCGAACUAUGCUGAAUUUUGGUGUUUAAUCUGACUAUUUGGAACCAGAUGGUUCCAAACAGGGUCAGACUGGGGAAAACAAAAUUGGCCAGGGUUUUUUUUAAUCACAGCAGUCCAGUUGGAAGGAGCCAGGAGGCAAUGCCAGGGGGUGUCCAAUGAUCAUCACGCUCUUUCUAAAAGCGAGCAUGUUGGUUCAAAGCUCUUCCAGGGCAGCCCAUACACAGAGCCCCACUGAAGAGGUCUUGCAUGAGAAAAAGGCCCUGUAUUUGUUCUGCACAGUGCACAAAAUGUAAUGACAUGAUUCACUGUUUUUGCUUAUAAAAUACCAGAGGACAAAAGGGCCAGGAAAGUGUAUUGUGCAUGUGUUUGCAGGAUGUUUCAGGGAUUGUGUGUGUAUAGCAUGAACUGAUUGUGGUGUGGUGUUUUGUGUAAAUCGGUUGUUUUCAGUUGUGUUGUGUUUGUGGUGUAAUAUUUGUGGCUAAGGGCUAUAGUGUGAGUGGUUAGGGGCUGUUCAGAGUUGUGUGUAUAGGUGCUGUAGAGUGUGCAUAGAGGGCAUAGUGUGUGUCUAUCGUGUUUCCCCGAAAGCAAGACAGGGUCUUAUAUUAAUGUUUGCUCCAAAAAACACACCAGGGUUCAUUUUCAGGGGAUGUCUUAUUUUUAAUGUAUGGUACAACAAUAAAUGUACCACAAAAUAUUUAUUCAAAGACGAUCAUGUCAUCUUCUUCUGGAACAUCUUCAUAGCUCUCCAUUUCCUGUAGAAGCUUUGACCUCAAUCUCUCAAGUCCAGCAAUAUAGCUCCUCUUAAAUUAGUACUUCUUGUCCAUGUAUCCUGCUCAUAGUGCAUUGGCAACACAGCUGUAAGUGAUUUUAUCCCAUGAAUUCUUCACCCAAGUCACAACAUUGCUUCUUUUUUCAAUGUAUUCAUUCAAAAUGCUCUUAAAUGGCUUGUUUAUUGCAAUAUCAAGAGUCUGGAGAUAGUCAGUCAUUCCUGCAGGAAUCAUUACUUGAUCUAUUAUUUUCUCUGCAAGGAAGUUCUUUAUAUCUUUAGCGCGGUGAGUGCUGGCUGAAUCCCAGACUAGCAGACCUCUUUGGCUACCUCGCAAAACAAGUGGCAGCAUUAAAUCAAACCACCUCCUUAUAACUGCUUGUGUGCACCAGGCCGUUUUGGUUUCAAGUAAAUAAAUGCCUGAAACAAGUUCAAUCUUAUCUUUCUUGCCCUUAGUGAUGAGUAGAGGUGGGGCUUUCUUUCCAUCCAGACGAAUUGUCAAAAUGCAGGUGACAUUUGCACUUUUGUAACCAGAGGAGGGAAUGUAGAUUGAAGAGGCACCCCUCUGAGUAUUAUUAUUAUUGCCAUUUUUAUAGUGCCAACAGAUUCUAUAGCGCUUUACAAUAUUAUGAGAGGGGGGAUUUAGCUAUAAAUAGGACAAUUACAGGAAAACUUACAGGAACGAUAGGUUGAAGAGGACCCUGCUCAAACGAGCUUACAGUCUAUAGGAGGUGGGGUAUAAGACACAUUAGGAAGGGAAAUAGCAAUCAAAUAAGGUGGGAGUGAAGCAGAGCUGGAGGAGAGAGUAAAGUGCUGCCCUUUAGGAGAGAGCAAGAGACAGGUAUGUGAGGUAGAGGUUACUCUGGGAGGCGAUAAGUUUUCUUAAAGAGAUGGGUUUUAAGGCACUUCUUAAACUAGUGAAUACUAGGGGAGAGUCUGAUGGUGGUCAAUUGUCAUUUAAGAUCCUUGGCCCAUAAACACUGCAGUUUCAUCCAUAGCAAUUGUGUUGGAGAGUUGGUACUGAGAAACGUGGAUAUGAUCAACAAAGGACUUGAAUGCAAGUGCAUGUUUAAUAAUUUCAGUAUCUUCCAGCUUGAACAGUGUUGUUGAUCUUCUUAGUGACAGUUCAUGUUGCUUAAGGAAGUCAUCCAGACAGUGUUGUGAUGCUUUGAAAUCAUCUGGGGAUAAUUCAAACUGUGUUGCUUUUGCAAGGGCAAAAGCUUGAAUAUCAGCCCUGUGCACAACCAAAGCCGUUGCUCUCCUGUCAGCAAUCCAUUCACAGAUGAUGCCUUCCAGCUCAGGAAAUAAUGGUUACCAACUUGAUCCACACUUGCGCUUCUUGGUAUUUCCCUCGUCCACCUGUUGCUUGAGAUUAUUGUACUCUGUUCGCCAUUUUCGGACAUCCAACUUCAGCUCUUUGCAGAAAGCCAUAAGAUUCCUGCCCUGGGAAUCCUCCACGAUUUCUUUCUUGUAACGGAACGGAAUAGCUCUUUCUUUUUGCACUCAUUUUGUUUGGGUGUCAAAAUAUUACAGACUACCGUUUUUACAACACUGUUGGCAAGUGAGGAUGCACUACUGUAGGAAGCAUGUCUCAGAAAGCAGGUUCUCCCAAAAAUAGACCAGUUCAAUAGUGCAAUAGUGCAUAAAAUCCCACGAAUCUAUGUUUGGGGAAACUUUCCCGAUCAUAGAUUAGCUUACUUGCGAAUGGAAUCCCGCGAUUCUAUGAACGGCAAGUGUCCUCCUACAUAGAUUACUUUACUUGUGAAUGGAAUCCUGCGAAUCUAUAUUUGGGGAAAAUUCCCCGAACAUUUUUGGAGUAGGGCUUAUGUUACGAGCAUCCCCCAAAAAUAAGCUAGGGCUUAUUUUCGGUGGAUGUCUUAUUUUCGGGGAAAGACGGUAGGUAAUGUAGCAAGUGUGUGCAUAGGGGCUGUAGUGUCUGUGUAGGUGACAUAGUGUGUGUUUGUGUACAGGGGAGGAUUCCGAGUGUGUAUAGGGGAUGUAGUAUGUAAGCCAGCAAUUAUGUGUGUGUAGGUGGUGUAGUCUGUAGUGUGUAUAUAUAAUAUAUAUGAUAUAGAUUUUUUUUAAACCACGCCCUGGAAAAACAUUCCAUACCAGUCCAAUAAUGCCAGCAUAGUGUGCAGAUUUAGAGGGGAAAAAAUAACUUAAAAUUGAAAACUAAAAACAAUUACUCUAACAUUAAAGAUGGCACUAAUAAGGCUUCAAAAUAAACAAAAGAGCGGAUUUAUUUUAAGCAGAUGUGCAUUUGCACAUAAUCAAUGUUUCAGUCCAACUACUUUGACAUAGUAAGGAAAGUUUGGUUAUGGGACUGAAAUGGUGAAUGUAAGAUGUUGAACAGCUGUAAAAAAAAACGAUGUUAUCCUGUUUAUUUUGAAGUCCUAUGAGUAUGUUCUUCAUUUUGGCUGAGAUCAUCAAACUUUGGCUGACUGUUACCCUUAUUCCUGCUAUGGGCUGUCCGUGUCUUGUCCCCCCUCUGUUAUAUCAUAUGUUUUGUGCUCCUGGAUCCUCUUGUCCUUUCCCCUGACCGUCUGGCCAUUCGGUAAAAAAGCAGCCACCUCGUCUAUUAACAAUGUCUUGUUCGACAACCGAACAAAUAACCGAACGCCAGACCACACAUGUGGAGUGUGCCACUCGUUAACCCCAGUAACCUCUGUUCACAUCUCCACCAAACGCAACCUCCUGAACAUUCCAAGCGGCGGCCAUCUUUAGCCGUGAACAGUAGUGUGUGGUCGUCGACUACAUGGAACUAAAAUCAGACACUCGACAGCGCAAACACCACUGGGACUUCCAUCCUCCGUUAUGUUCGUGGGGAUUCAGAUGAACAGAGUGGUGUUCGGGGGGAGCAAACUCCCGAACAAGAUACACAGAAUAAUGUCUGCACGAACAAGUUCAUGCCUUGUGUUUCGCAUAUUUGAUCCUCCCGAAAGAGACUGACCACACAGCCUAAUUUCAUGGGACCUUUUUGGGGAGGCACCUUGUGUGCGGUCGGUCUUAACUAUACCCCGGUGGCAUUUCAGCUGUGUUUGAAGAAUCUGAGUGCUUUUAGAGUAUCUUGGGCGCUCAGACCCAGUUUUUCUGGGGAUAAAGGACUUAAGGGGUUAUCUUGUGGGGAACUGUAUGUUUUGAGGUGAUUAUGAUUGUACAUGUCCUGGACCUGAGAAUGCCCCUGGAGUAUGCAGCAGGAAACCCCUUGCAUGGGGAUUCACAUAAAAGACCAUGUGUGGCUCCAUUAAAAUCAGUAAUACCCCCAGAGCUGAGUGUCAUCCAGUUGCUGGGGAGGUGGUGGGAGAUUCCUGGAUUACUUUAUUGUAUUUGGCUGUUCCCUUGGAGUAUUCUACUUGUUCCUGAAUGUAUGUUGGAGUAACCAGCGGAGGAGAGUCCCUGCUAAGACUAGCGCUCUGCUACAGUGUUCCUAGGCAGCAAUGUAAAUACUGUAUUUUCUCUGCAGGGACAGGCUCUAGACACCAGAACCACUAUUUUAAACUGUUGUGGUUCUGGUGAUUAUAUUGUCGCUGUAAUAAGAGGUCUUUCUUUCACCUGUCAAUCAGCUCUUCGGCAUAGACUCAUGUGCUGAAGAACUGAGUUACAGGGAGAGCAGGAGACACAGGUGAAGAUAUAUCACCCCCACCACAAAAAAAUGAAUCUUCACCUGUUUCGCUUAACCGACCUUUUGAAUGUAUUGCCCACUUUUGUGUCUAUUAUGCCUCUUUUGAUUGUCUCACCUGCUUUAGUGUAUCCUAUCUCCCAUUUUACCCCUUUGUGUCUCUUUCUCUUUUAGCUUUUCUGUUUUAUUAAAAGUAUUAACCUCUUUCUUUUCCUCCAUGUGUCUAAUUUCAACCCCAAAGCCCCUUCAUGUGUCUCAUUUCACUCUCAGCCCCCAUAUGUCAAAUUUCAUCAAAUUGCAUCAAGUUAAGGUAUAGUGUAGAAAAAAUAAAUAUUUCGAUUUUAAGUAACAUUUCAAUUGGAACUUUAUUGUGUUAAGCAUAUUAUAUUCAAGGACCACUUGAAGUUUCAGAGAAGCUCUUCAGGGAAGUGAAAGAAGGCACCAACUACAAAGUCCAAACCACUUGCCUGGUCUUGUUUGGCAGAGAGGUAAGGAUACGACUGGACAUGAUUAGAGUAGCUGAUCUUGCAUGUGUUUGAAAUCAGACAGAUUGUAUCUAUGUCCUGUAUCCCAGAACUCAAUUCACAAAAAUAGAGAGUAAAAAAAAGAGGUUAAUACAUUUAAUAUAAAAGAAAAGCUAAAAUAUUGUGUUCCUACAGUUGGAAGCCUAGAAGACUGGAAGACUAGAGAGUAUUUUACAGAAGCAGUUGGAGAUAAUGAAUUGCCUUCCUGUAGAAAUACAAGAAACUAACACUCUAUAGAUAUAUAAAAAGUGUGUCAUCAAAACUUAAAAUCUAAACCUUACUUUUCACACUGAUAACAUACGGUGUUUCAUUUCUGCAAAAUCGCUGCUUUUAUUCUGCACUGUUUUAUUGUCUAGUAUCUUGCAAAUAAUGAAGAAAAAAAAUAAGAAAAACAAAAUACAAUAAUUUUAGUGAUGUCAUACUAACAAAUGCUAAAUAUCACAUAAUGCGUAAGCACAGCAAAGGUACAGAAACAUAAAAAACACAGUACUUGACUGGAUGUUCUUCCUAGAUAUUUUGUAAACACAUGGAAUGGUAUAUCCGAACCUUAAUGGUUUAAAGCAUAAACCACUUUCUCUCAUUUCCACUAGCUGUUGUUUCAUUAAACUGACAAUUAACUUGGGUUCAAAGGAGCAAAUAAACAGGUUACUUGUGUAUCAGAGAAAUGCUUUUGACAUUCACUCAUUUCUUUUGAGUUGCUUUCUGUUAAAUCAGCAUGCAACUAGCCAACGAAAAAAAAAAAAAGAUUUCUGAUUAUAUCUAAUGUACAUUAUUUUAUGGGCAUAGAAUAUUAUCAUCUUAAUACAAAGAAAACAAUGUAAACACAUAGGAGGGAACAUAAGUAAAUUAAAUCCAUCCAUUACUGGUAGAUGUUCUGCUAUUUAUUUUAUUUAUCAUCAGUCACUAUAUGAAAGAGUCACAUCAACAACAUCGGUUUAGCCACCUGUAUUAAAAACAACAUAUCCUUGGUCAAUAAACAGGAAUUAUAGAAUGUAUCUUUUUUUUUUUAUCAUUUAUGUCCAUAAACAUUGAAUUUAAAUUCAAGCAAUUUAAUAUAAAAUGUAUUAUUUAUAUAUACAUUUUAUAUAGAAUUAUUUUUAUUCACAUUCACUGAUUAUGGAAAAAAAUAUUUAGAAAAAAUAUACUCUUUAUGAUUGAGCUGGAACACCUGAACUGGAUAGGGGGUUGUUGAAUGUCACAUUUGCCUGAAUGUUAGAAAUAUGGCUAAGUCAAAAGAAUAUAGCUCACAAGUUCAAAGUUGAAGGAACAGUGGUUUCACCAGCUGAAUGAGGCAGAGAAAGGAAGCUAUAAAUGGUUGCAACCAGAUUUCUGAGGACGGUUGUGAAAAACUGCAAAAGACCUACCUGUAACAGGAUUUGGCUGCAACAGGCAUUGAGGUUUCAGUGAUCACGGUCAGACAUGCACUAAAUGCAAAAGGUUUCCAUGACAGAACUCCAAGAUGUACACCACUACUGACAGAAAAGCACAAUAAAGGUUAGCUCCAGUAUGCUCAAAAUCAUAUAAAUAAGCCACAGAAGUUUUGGGACUCUGGAUUCUGUUAUGUGGAGCGAUGAAACAUAACUGGAAUUUUUUGGCUCAAUGGAUCAACAGCAUGUCUGGAGAAAGAAGAAUGAAGCAUACACUGAAAAGAACACUGCCUACAGUUAAGCAUGGUGGUAGCUUGGUGAUGCUUUGGGGCUGCUUCACAUCCUCUGGCAUUGGAAACCUUCAGUGUGUGGAAGGCAAGAUGGAUUCAGGAAAUCCUAGGAGAAAAUGUCAUGCCAUCUUUGGGCAUCAUUGGACCUUUCAACAAGACAAAGAACCCAAGCAUACCUCAAAUUCCACCAAGGCUUGGUUCCAGAAGUACUGGAGAAUUCUACAGUGGUCAUCACGGUCACCUGACUUGAGCCCCAUAGAAAAGCUCUGGUAGGAUUUGAAGAAGGCGUUUUCAGCACGCAAACCCUAGAAUAAAGAAUAUUACUGAACUGCCCUUGCUCAUGAGCAAUGGGCUAAGAUUCUUCAGGAAUUCUGCCAGAAGCUGGUGUCUGGCUAUGCAUCUUGUUUCAGCAGGUCACAGUAACAAAAGGGUGCUCUACUAAGUACUAAAGAUACUUGCCAUAAAGAGUUGAAUCAUUUUGAGACUUCAGAAGUCAUUAUAAGUUGCAUUUUCAGUUGAAUUUGGGAAAACCACUUGAUGCAUUCUCUUUUCAUAUAUCACUGUUUCAUUCCUCUACAAACCUCAGAGACACCAUUUCAACAACUCAUCAGAAGUGUCACCAGUGUCAUCAUUUCACCUUCUCUACAUCCCAGUGCCACCUUUUCCCUCAUCCCACCAUGGGUGCCACAGUUUAAUCCCCUAUAAUCCCCUAUAUUAUUUUGCCUCUGUCAUGUUUGGGGUGAAUGGGUUUGCUGUGCAGCAGAAUGCAUCAAAUGACCAUGACCCAUUUAAGGUUAGAGUCAGGUCUCGGUAAUACAAAAAUAUAGUCCAUGUGUAUAAUUAGACAAUGGAAAUCCUUGAGGAAAAGUCAGACAAUGCUAAUUUCAGUCCAGGCCUCAAAGCUUUAAAAUCUCAGCAACAUAGAAAAAGUAACUGAGAAAAAAAUAGUGGGAUCUGAAGGAAAUCUAUAUUAAUCUAAAAUAUAUUACAUUUAUAACAUAUAUAUAAUUUCUUCCCCUUUCUUUUCCUGUUGGUCUCUUCUCAUUAGACCUGUGAAUAAAAUCAAUAUUUAGCGGCUCUCCCCAAGCCUUCAAUCAUCUUUUCUCCCCUCAAUGAUCUUUUUUUUUGGCGCCGCCGACAGAACUAUUAGUCAUAAAUCAGACAAACAUAUUCGUCCAUUGCACAAGUCUUUUGUUCGGUUUCAUGUCCUCGUGUCGGACUGCGGCCGACCCACCAAUCUGUCUAAAUUCAGCCGAAUUGCGAUUCAGCCAAAAAUGCAAAAAAUGCACAAGUCUAUCAGGAACACACAGUAAUAUAGUAGUAUAGCAGCAUAGAGUAGUAUAGUAUAGAGAAAUGCACACCAAAGCUCACACAAAAUCUGAGCAGGUAACUGAGGGCUAAAAAGAUUUAUAAAAGGACCUUAACGAAUGUCACGCCUAUUGGAAAAGGACUGGUGCACCCCGGCUGUGAAAUGUGCCACCUUCUCCAUCAGUUGACAUUUUGGGGAAUGCAAAUUGAUAAUCCCAUGGCGGAAUUCAAACAUUUUGGGGCCUAUAGUGUAUAUACAGUAAAUACAGUUGCCUGGCUCAACUCAAGUAUCUAUAUUUCAAAUGACAUUACAAUUGCAGCCUUCACAACCCUACACAUAAUUAUUCACAUAGUUUUCUGUGCAGUGUAUGUACAAUAAGGCAGAUGGACCCACAAAAGCUUUGAAUGCAAUAUUGAUUUUUCAAUUGUGGCGCAAACCAACUACAUAUAUUUGUGUUGUUAGUGAAAUGAUUAAUACAGUUGUGUUUAUAUUCCAAUUCUUUUUCUCAAUUUAGCCAGUAUAUACAUCCACACACACACACACACACACACACACAUAUAUAUAUAUAUAUAUAUAUAUAUAUAUAUAUAUAUAUAUAAACAAACUGAAUAUCCUUAGAAAAUAUUUUCAGAUGUAAUACACAACUUAAAAAUAUUAAAUAACAACAAUCAGCUUUCUAGUGAGCAAUCCACUCCAUGAGCCCUUCACAAAGUGAGUAAGGGGAAAAAAAUCUGAAUGGUUUAACAUCCAGGCUUUUAACAUAACUCACAUUUAAUCAGUAUUAUGAUCUCUAGUGGGAGUAUAUAAACAAGUCUUUUAUUCAGUGGGUUUUUUUAAGUAACAGCACCCUCCUACAUGUUGAUUUGUCUGUAAACAUCACUACAAUAUAUCAGUCAGCAUUGCCUAUAUAAAGCUAAUUCUCUUGAAAUCAACAUUACUCUCUGCCUUCAACUAGAGGUUCCAUCACCUGCAAGGUAAGUCAAUGUUUCUUUCUAUGUUACUGCUCUUCCAAUUGAUAGUUGUAAAAUGUCUCAAAUGUCCAGCUUAGCAAAUGCCAUAUUUACUAAGAUGAACAGUAAAAUGUACCUUUAAAAGUAUAUAAAAAAUAAAAAUGUUUAACAUAAGUCCUGAUUUUAUCAUAUAAAUAAUAAUAAGUAGGCGAUAACGAUAAAGCCAUUUUAGAUAGUUCAGUUGAUUAGUGCACCAACUGUAGUAUAUGCUCAAAUGUCGGGGCGAAUUCCGGCUUUUAUUCUCUACUCUGAGGUUAACCAUAUGCUAAGAGAGUGAAAACUGCUUUAAAUCCUCCUGUGGACAUAAUUAUUACAUAAAAAGAUAGCAGUUAGUCUUAGAUGAUGCAACAUUGCAACGUUUUUUUUUGUCUGUUUUGGCUUGUUUAAGGCAAAAUGCUUCCAUUAACUUUUCCCUUACUUAAAAACAGGUUUAGAGUCACUUUUAGACUCACUUACUUUUCAUCUGAUGAGUAUAGAUGACAGAGAUAAAAGAAUUGUGGCAUCUAGAUUUUGAAUGCAAUAAAAUACUGACGUUGGUGUAGGACAAAAAGUCAAAUUUUUAUAGUAGUCUAAUUUUUUUUAUAUAAUAGUAUUGAUAUUUAUUUAUGGCGAAGAUUGGUAUGAAGGUAUUAGGGUUGUGUUUCACUAAACUAAAAUUGUUAUAUAGAUUUUUUUUUAAAUUUUUUUAUUAUAUAUAUAUAUAUAAUAUUAUUUUAUUAUAUAUAAAUAUAAUAUAUAUUUUUAGUCUGUUAAUGACUGAACUUAAAAAAGACCAUGAGUUGUACAAAUGUUGAUUUGUCACAAUGUUGAUAAAAAUAAUAUAUUUAGUAGAUUUAGUACCGAAAAUCAAUAAACUCUUUCACUGCCAUCGGAAAAGGUCUAAGCAAAUUCUGUCUUAUUGACAUGCUGUUGGAAAAGGAAAAAUGCAUUCUCAACCACUAAUUUCAGUAAAUUCCCUUGUUUGCUGAACUUCUCUCUUCUUUAUCUAAGGACAUAAUACAGGAGGUAUUACUUGUAUAGGAAUGGCAUAGUAGCAAGACCUUGAAAAUCAUCUUUCUUGUAAUGGUAUAUCCCCAUAAAUCAACCCCUUAAAAGAAAAAAUACUCUUAGAGUAAAAUUGCAUUGAAAAGCACUGAUAAAAUAAUGUGCAAAUAUUUUGUGAUUUAAAACAUGCAGUAAACCAGACCUUCAUCUGAUCCACUUGCAGGAUACUUGCUGCAUCAGCUCUCUCUUUUGCCUGGUGUCUUCUGCCUCAAUCUCAUCAUGUUUCGUCACAUUCAGUAACUUCCUUAAGAGAAAAAUAAUAAAUAACCAGAAGCACAAUUCUAUUGGGUAAAAUAUAUCUAGAAUUACCGUGCGUUCGAUCAUGAAAUGCAAAGUUCAGCUGAAUGCUUUUAUCCUCACAACUCACUUAGUUAUUGGCGUUGGUGAAUGGAUUUUGUAUUUUGUAUUCUCGAUGCUAAGGAAUGGCGUCUCUUGUAGCUCUUUCCCGAUGUUUUUACUGACUAGAUUUCGCCCAAAAAUAAAGCAUAUUUGAUCAAAUUAUUUUAGGGAGAUCUCAGUCUGAGUCUGAGGCCUCUCAACUAACUGCUUGAGUAAAUAGGUUAUGGUGCCAGAAGUGCCCUGGUACCCUCUCAGAGUAAUUUGUCCCACUGUUUUGGAUUGAUUUGACAAACUACGUUGGUUUUCUGGGUGCACCUUAUCCAGUCUUCUUCUGCAGUAGAUGUCUCCACUGAGCUAAGGUUGGCUGAUCCAGUACUAUGUUCCUUGCUAAAAGUGCUCAUGUGAUGCUCUCUAUCAAUGAGUACACUUCUGCAUGGUGACUGGAUUCUCCUUUAGGGUAACACCAGAAGCAUGCUUUAGUGGUUAUGGGACUUUGAGUGUAAUUUUAGGCUAUUUAUCCAAUUUUUCAUUAAACAUGUGGUGUAUUAAGGGUUCGUAUAUCAACGGUUUACCAUGCUGUUAGCAUCUUUUAUUGACAAUAGCAUCAUGAUGGCCGUGUCACUAAUUGUGUAUUCUGUGUUCAGAGGCAAUAAUUCAGUAAUGCACAAAUUAUCAUUUUUUCUUACCGUGCCCCAAUGCAUUUAUGCCUUUCAGGCCUUUCAGGCUAUAACUAAUUAAGUACAGGCAGUUCUCUCCUUUUCAUGCUACGGUAUGUAAUCUUAAAUAGUAUAUAGUCAUGGGAUGUUUCCUGUUUAAAUUGAGUAUGUGGUUCUUUAAAAGCAACGGUCAUCAUAUUUUCACUUCUUGUUUCUUAAAAGUUUAUUACAUUUAAUGAAACUUUUAUUAUUAUAAUACUUUUAUUAUUAUUAUACUUUUAUUUUUAUUAGAUUUAUAAUAUAAUUGAUUUUGAUCUUUAAAAGAUGUACGCGGGCAGAAAGAUGGUUUGUAAAGAUUAUGGAAAUUGAGCUUUCACAUAUAAACAAUAUAAUAUAAAUAUAAACAACCUAAAGGCUUCUUCUUUUCGUUUUUGUUCUGUUUUUGUUUUAAUUUGGUUAAAUGUUUCUUUCCCUUUUCAAAGAAAAAUCCUAACAUUUAGUCCACAUCUUGUUUUGGUAUGUUUAUAAAUAUUAUACAUCUGAAUGCCGACAUAAUAGUAAUCAGUUUUGAAAACCAGAUUUUAUUUUUUACAUUUUUAUAUUAGAUACAGAUUUUUAUUUUAAACAAAAUGUAUCUUGUCCAGCCCAUUCAGUCUUGUCCAGCUGAAUCCAAUUAGCUCAACAGAACAUAGCAGGAUCAUGCAGGACCAUGCAAAUUAUCAAAGAGCGUAAACUAAACGCCUUCUGCCAAUGAGCGCAGUCCUGGGUUGUCCGUGCUUUAUUCUGUAGAGACAUCCAGCUUCUCCUGCAGCAGAAGACCAGAUGCACCGCGAGGACCCGGGAGACUAAUGUAAUGCUUUGAAUAUUUACAGUAGAACAGUGGGCUGCAGUGGUUAUGGUGUUUCAUGUGUUCAUUUAUAUUCUCAAUGUGUAUAUUACACCAUGGAAAACAGCAGGAAAUUUCUAUUGAUAUCUCUAAUUUUUACAAUGUUAACCUUUUUUCUUUAUGACAACUUUGUAUAUCUUUCCCAAUGCACAUUUCACUUCCACCACAAACGUGUUAUUUAACCUUAACUAUAUGCUGCUUAAUUAUGUGUGAGAGAGUGUUACAAUAGAAAAUAUGUAUUUUGCAGAUAUCCCAACAAAUGAUGUUCAACACUGUCUUGCUAUGUUUGGCCACGGUGCAUGCAAUCCAAGCAAUUCUUACAUCAGAAUCUGGCAACGGGAGGUUACAAGCAUUAAGCUCUAGUGCAAGCAAUGGAAGGUACUACUACCCAAGUCUGCUACGCAACAUGAAGGAUCCACGGUUGCCAGAAACAGGUUGGAGAGAUGUCCAAGAUAAUGAAUUAUGUAAUAAUGUCAAUAUUACACAAAGCAAAUCUUUUACUGAGCUUCAGGGAAAAAAAUGAGAUUCAUCAGUUUUAUAAAUUAUCUUUUAAAGGACCACUAAAAUCACCUAGGUCACUUUAUUUUAAACAAGUGGUCUGGUUGCAAUAGCCCUGUCCUUUUAACCCUGCAUCGGCAAUGCUUACCACGAUGGGUUAAAUACACUGAUAGCCACAAGAGGCGCUUCUGUGGCACUAACUAACACUCUGCCACAUAGUAAAGCAUUGAUAUGUGUAAGCUUGAAUUUACUUGUGGCACACGCAGUGUAUGCAUAUGAUUAGGUCCCCAAUGCUUCUCAGAGAUUGGAUGAGAAGGAUGCAAAGAUUGAAACAGAAGUUGCUAUAGCUGGCAAAUAGACAAUUUUGGUGACACCUAGUGGCCAAGAUGCUAACUUGUCACCACUUCACAGUCACCCACAGCAGGCAAGUCGUAAUCUAACUCAAAACUAGAAACAUGUAAGUACAUAAUCACCUGAACUAAUUUAGAACACAAAAUAUUCUAUUAUUUCUUCAAAAUGUCUUUUAGGUGAAAUUUAUAUAGCAUUCUUGUGUUUAAACAGACAUAUAUGUGAGUGUUCUGGGAAUUUCAAUCAAAAAGCACUAAGGUCAUAAAAUCAACCAACAUGAUGUCUGAUAAGUUUAGCCUACAUUUUUUAAGUUAAUUAAAAUUAUGGAGCAAAAAUAAUUAUUGAAACCAUAUCAAGACACCUAUUGCAGUGAUUUAAAUAAGAUAAGGUGAUACACAUUAGAUGGCUACAGUUUUGAUGGUGUUCUCAUAAAUCAAAGUGCCAUUAUUUUGUAUGUUUAUAAAAUACCUCCUCUAUAUUUCAGAACUGGCUAAAUCUGAAUUGAUGAGACUGGAAGCAGGAAUAGCCGAAGAAGAUCAGAUGGAAGAUUAUAGCCUGCUGGAUCCAAGGGUAACAUUCACUAUUUAAACACUCAAAUGGAGUUAUUUACUAAAGUGAGAAUUCAAAGUGAAUGUAAAAUGUAGCUAUUACCCCACAAAUGAAAAAUGAUAUCCCUGAAUGCUAUGUAUUUGCUAAUAUUGAUCAAAUUGCUGUUUAAACAUCUGCACAGACUCUGAUAACACCACCUCUUGAAGUAGAGAAUUUCACGUCCUUACUGCAAAAAAACAACAACUUUAUUUUGCCUUAGACUAAAUCUCAUUUCUUUCCACUCUAAAUGUGUGACAUUGUGCCCUAUGUAUAGUCCUGUUUAUGAAUAGAUUUCUAGACAAUAUUUUGUACUGGCCCAAAUAUAUUUGUAUAAUGUUAUCAUAUCCCUUCUGUAGUGCCAAUUAUAUAAACUUAACAGAUUUAAGUUUGUUAACUAUUCUUCAUAACUAACUUUAGUGAAUAACUCCAAAAGAAAAUUGGUUAAAGCAUUUGAAAAUACAUUUGAAAAUACUUCAAAAAGACAGCCACCGGAGGUGCAAUGAAAACAUUGCUGUAUGUACAAAAUUGCAAUAUUUCCAACUGUAGGACUAAAACGCAUAGGAAACUGCAACUAGAUUUCUUUGUUAAAAUUAAAUAUUCUGGUUCCCUAUAGAGUCCCUUUACGUUUCCAUGGGGAUGGCAGUGCUACCUUAGAUCUGUUCUACAGGAAUGAGUGUGCUAUAGAUUGUAACAUUUGGUAAUUAUCUACAAAUACCUUUUUCAUUUCUUUCCUUUAGGCUCUGUCCCUGGAAGUAGCUUCUCGUGAAGAGCGAUCACCUAGAAGAUGUGUCCAACUUUUAGAGUCCUGUGUCGGCCAUCUCCCAUGCUGCAGCCCCUGUGCCACCUGUUAUUGUCGUUUCUUUAAUGCAUUUUGCUAUUGCAAAAAAACUAGUACCAACUGCCACCAAGGCAAGAACUAGAAUUUUUUUGCCAAAGCUGAUGUGCUCUGAAGAGCUACAACUUUAUUGCUUUGUAAUAUUAUCAACCUGUAUAUUGACUGUUUUUAGAAUGUCUUUAUUUCCUUCUUAAUGCAAAUGUAUAAAUGCCUCUAGAUUGGUAAUGUAUGUCAUGUUGGUUCUUGGAUAUAUCUAUAUAUUUUUUUCUACAGCCCAUUUCUCAUGAUAGCAUUAAUUAGUAACUUGCAAGUUAACACAUUUAUUGACACUAAUCUAAAGACCUGAGC